UUAUGCACUUACAAAAACAAAGAAAAUCCAACAAAAGAGCAGCAACAGAGGAAUAUGAAAAAUUUCUGUACAAUAAUAGUAUGGAAAAAAUAUCAGAACAUGGAAUUAACGAUUCUGAGCAGAUAACAGAUUCUAAUGGACAUGCUGCUAAGAGAUGCUCACAGGAUCAAGAACAAUUAUCCGUCAAUUAUAAUCAAAGUAAGCAGACCGUGUUUGUUCCGCUUGGAGAGUUGUCAAAUCUGCAUGAGAAAGUGGUACAGAAAAUUGAAGAGAAAAUGGAGAAGAGCAACAAAAUGAUGGAAGAAAAAUUUAUUGAAAUUGUAAAAGAACAACUCACACAAGCGUAUGAAAAAACUGUGUUCAAAAUGGAGGAAGUGAUGGAAAGGAUAUGUAGCAACAUAGACAAACACAGCACUAGCAGUAUAAUAUCUUCAGAAACAGAAAAUAAGGUUCAUCUUGGGAGUGGUUACUAUUGCACACAAGCUAGCUUCAUAACAAUGAAAAGAGCGAAAAAUGAUUGUGACUGGACUGUGACUCUUCUUGUUGGAGUUUUCGGCGAAGAUGCGAAAUUAAUGAGGGUUUAUCCUCGAAAGCCGGGAUUGAAAAAGUUUCCGCUUCUUAAUGGUAGCACAAAGUAUGUAUAGACAGCGAUUGGAAGAUGGUAAAUACGAAGGUGACAUUGAUGAAGCUGUCAAAUCCCUACCAGCUUAUUUAUCAGAUCGAGCGUUAGAUCUUGGAGGAGGAAGAAGUAUAGCCCCCCGUGCAAAAUACUUUAAAAAAUCUAAAAAUAAUUCUAUAUC